CACACCGCAUGAUCAAUGUUAUUAUAAUUGUUUUCAUUAAAAAUGGAAAAAUUUCUUAAAGGACUUCCGAAAGUAGAGCUUCACGCUCACCUCAACGGCUCCCUGGGCAUCGAAAGUUUGCGGGAUCUUGGCGAGCUAUUGUAUGGAUCCACCUCCAAGGAAUUUUUGGAGCUCUGCGCUGGCUUCAAUCAGUUUGAAAGAAAUUUGGAUGCCGGCUUCAAGACGUUUGCAUUUGUGCACCAGCUAACCUCUACAAAGGAGGGUCUGCGAUUUGCCACGGAGCUGGCGGUGCGGGAUUUUGCCAAGGAUAAUGUGCAGUAUGUGGAACUGAGGACCACUCCCAGGGAGAACGAUAACUAUUCCCGCAGGGAUUACUUGCAGAUCGUAAUUGAUGCGAUUGGCGAGGCGAAGGAAAAGUAUCCGGACAUCAGAGUCAAGCUUCUUCCCUCCAUUAACCGAGCGGAACCGGUAGCAGUGGCUGAUGAGACCAUUUCCCUGGCUGUGGAGCUAUCCCAAUCCCAUCCAGAUCUUAUCCUAGGUAUCGAUUUAAGCGGUAAUCCAGCACAUGGAAGGUUCUCCGAUUUUACUCCUAUUCUUGCCCUGGCUCGUGAAAAGGGCCUAAAACUAGCUUUGCAUUGUGCGGAGAUCGAUAAUCCUGCGGAGGUCAAGGAAAUGCUGCAGUUCGGAAUGUCCCGCUGUGGACAUGGCACUUUUUUGGCACCAGCGGAAAUAGAACAGCUUAAACAGCGAAAUAUAGCCAUCGAAUGCUGUCUCACCAGUAAUGUUAAAACGGGAACAGUGCCCAAUUUGGAGGAGCAUCACAUAAAAAGGAUCAUGGCGGCGGAGGCACCAAAAGUUGUUUGCACAGAUGACAGCGGAGUAUUUGACACCACCUUGACGCAGGAGUUCCUGUUGGCUGCGCAAACCUUUGGACUAACCCAAAAACAAUGCAUUGAUCUGACUUUGGAAGCAGUGCACCAUUCAUUCGCCAGCGACGAGGAACAAAAGGAAAUGACGGAAAAAGUGAAAAACUACGCGGCCACUGUGUCAAAAUAA